GCGCUGCCAUGGCAGCGGCGGGCGCCGUCCGUAGAGCGCUUCCGCUUCCGGCGGCCAGGCCCUGCCGUGGUUAGGCCGCGCCGGGCAGGAGGGGAGGGCGACAUGUGGCGGCUGCUGUGGCCCCUGGCGGGGCUGCUGCUGGCUGCCCGUUGCGGGGAGGCUGCGGUGGCGGCCCUUCUCCCCCGGAGUGCCGCCACCGCCUCCCCGCGCCCCACGGAGGUGGCUGGUGGCGGCGCCACGCGAAGUGGCAGCCGCCUGGCCGAGGUGUCGGCGCCGCCAGAGCAGGGCCAGCCCAUGACCCAGCGCGCCCUGUCCGUGCUGGUGCUGGCCAGCGCCGCCCUCAUCGUCUACUUCGUGAUCCGGACCGUGCGGCUCAGAAGGCGACACAGAAAAACUCGAAGAUACGGAGUUUUGGAUACAAACAUAGAAAACAUGGAGCUGACCCCAUUAGAGCAAGAUGAUGAUGAUGAUACAACACUAUUUGAUGCCAAUCAUCCUCGAAGUAAGUGCUGGCAAGGAGACAUAUCUGUCCUAUGAGAUGCCCUCCUGAGGAGGAUCACUGUCCAGAAACAAUGUAUGAACCUGCAAGCCACCAGGUUGGAUGGGUUUGCCGUUCCUCAUGUGAAUUACAAAGUGUGCAGCAGAUCAUGAUAAUCCUGCCAGUGCAGAAGGCAAAGCUGGUGUGUAUGGAGAUGCCUGAAGGCCUAGUUCAUAAUCACCUGGCAGAAGUUAAGGACCCACUAUUUCCAAUAGCUUUGAUGAUUGUACAGAACAACAUUAGGCACCAGAGCAACAGAGGUAAGGCAGUGCUGCUGACAAUGUUGUAGUUGUUGCCCCAUGUUUCAAACAGGUGCUAGCUUAUCACAGGAGACAGCUACUGGAGUUCUGAUACUCAUACACGAGUGUUGUUUACAGCCAGUAGGCUUAAUGUAAGUAUGCAUUAAUCACUUCUGCUGAGACAAUGCUGUCAUUUCACUCUAUUCUUUUGAUUGUGACAGGAGGCUCCCUGUUGUAGUCACUGGAUUUCUUGUCUAUGGGCUGGCACUGUUGGAUAUGUGUCCUGAAUUCUGUGGCCCUUACACUAAAUGUUUCAGGUGGUGCAACAGACCGUGAUUAUAAUCAUGUUAAGCGUGCAGUAUCAAACUGCUGUGCUGCUCAUCCCUUGAAGGUUAGUGUUGCCUGCUUCAGGAUUGCAACAAAAGCCCAGAAAAUGCAGAUUGCUGAAUUCAACAUAACACCAGCUCCAACAACUGGCUCAGGAACGUAACCUUCUGCACCCAAAAAUUUAUGGGUACAGAAGUUGAGGGGAUCAGCCUGUAUACCUGUAAUUUUUUAACAAUGGUGGGUGUAGGCUCAAAAACUGCCAACAACUCAAAACUACUUGGACAACAACUUACUCUUUCUUUCUGACCAAGUUCUUGCAGAUUCACUAGCUGUCUCUCUUGUGCUUUACUAGAUGUCUCUUGAAGUUCUACUUGGUAAAAGCUUUGUCUUCUCUACCUCCACCUUGUAGAUCAUAGGUUGAUGCACCAUACUGGCUCAAUGAGGUUUGUGUGGACAUUGAAGGUAAAUGGCAGGCAGAGCUUAAAAACCCUACACGAUAGAUGAGAAAGGUGCCGAUGACUUGGUAGUGAGAAAAGGCCCAGAACAGACUUGCCAAACUUAGAGCAAAUCUUGUGAGUUUUGCCUUAGAUCCUGCCUUCCUCUGUCUUAAAUCUUGAUUUAGCAGUCCCUGUGUGUUUUAUUAGCGUAGGCAUGAGUGGAGAUAUACUGAUAUCUUGCCAUGUGGGAAUGUUAUUUGCAUACAGGUGAAGCUGUGUAGCCUAAAUAAACGCUUGGGAAUAAUUUGGCCUAGCAGACUGACCUCGAUGUAGUCACUCAGGCAUGUGCAAACAGGACAGUUUUGUAAGUCUUUGUCUCAUAUUUGUGACAUAUUUUUCUAAGGUGAAUGCAAUCAGGGCAACCAAGCUCAUUUCAGACAGACAUAAGCUCAAACAAACAGCAGAUAAUAACAUUUUCAUUUCAAAUCUAGAUUUGAUGUGAAGGAGUAAUCUAGGCAUGAUGGGUUUAUAUCUCAUUACAAUGUAUUUAAUUCCCUCUUAAGGAGCUCUGGGACAGAUUCUUCUACAUUCUCAACACAGUGUACUAAGAGGAGAAACAGUUUAUUUAAAAGCAGUGUACGCAUUUAACUCCAGAAUAACCACUACUCACAGCUCUGCCUUGCAAUAUUCUUACUGGGCAUUAAUAUUUAUGCUUAUUUCAAACAAACAAACUUAUCAGAGCACUUAAUCAUAUGCUAAAUUACCACAUAGGUCAACUGGACUUAAACUAUGUCUAACAUCUCUGCUCAUCUAAGAUCUUGAAGCACUGUAAAUUAUAGUAAUGGAAUUCCAGUUUGUCUGGAAAAAUCUGGUAACUGUACUAGGCUACUGGAAAGCCAUUCCCUAGGGAAGUAUGCAGGCAGAAACGAUACCCUAUUCAUGUCAAUAAAUUAUGUGUUACUUAGUAGUACUAAGCGAAAUUUGACAUACUAUAGAGCUUUGGCUCAUUCUGAAGUAGAUGUAUUUAAAUGAUAACUUACAACAUACGAAGAAUUUGCAAACCACUUUCACAUGUGUGUUGAACAACAGAUAUUCAGCAGGUUAGACGCUUUAGUGUACCAAGAAGAGGAGCACUCGUUCAACUUAAAAACGACAAUUGCAUAUUUAAUGGCAGGGUACAAUACUGAAAAUUCAACUACAUGUUUUAUUAAACAUUAUUCUUUGUUUUGUAUUAGAGUAAAAAUCAGGUUUCCCUAGGCAAUCAAAUUCCUUGAUAUCUUCAAAAAUAAAUUCACUUGCUUGAAGGUUCUUGUUUGAUAUGAGUCUGUGUUUAAGACAGAUGUAAAUCUUUACAUGCAUUCAAUAACAUCUGUUCCAAGUAAUAUUUAAUGUCACUAACUGUAAGGGGUUUUUUUGGCCUUCUUCAUGAUCAGAAGUUUGGUUUUCCCUUUUAUGCUGUUCUGCAUUUGCUGAGAGUAACUGGUUAGAGGUCUGGUUUUACACACCUCUUUUUUUUUUUAAUCUUAAAACCUUUCAAGUUGAUCUCUUAGUUGAGAAUUAAUUGUCAAUAUGUAUAAAGGCAUCAUUUCAAAUAGAAGUUCUCUGACUCUUGUUAGCUUCUCUCACGGCUUGUGCAUGUGUGUGUCCACAUUGCAUGCAAAGAAGUCAAAAAUAGUUGAAGUUACAAUAAAAGAUCAAGUGCUUAAAUGUUGGAAAGUAUCAUACAGGUUUUCUGCGUAAGAUUAAUUUAAUUCUCAGGUAUAAACAUAAUGAUAAUAUCAUUAUUACUGAAUAUAUAACAUUUUUUCCACAGGACUUUCCUUGCUUACUGCAGGGUGAAGAAACUCAAUUAAUAAAUAAAUUUUCAGUGUAUUGUUUUCCUCACAUGUUUGCAUGAUACAGGCCAUAUUCCUGAAUUCAAAUGUAUUUCUACAUAAGCAAUUAAUACUUUCCUCUUGGCUUUCCUCCAAGACACCCAUGCCAACAGUGGCUUAGACCUUCAAAUUAAUAAAAUCAAAUUGUUUUUCACAGAAACACCAAAAGUUAUUAUUCCCAUUUUACAGAUAGGGUACUGAGACUGUGAGAGACUAAAGUGUUACUAUUAUAGUAAAUCUGCUUCAGUUCAAACAGCUAGAAAUGAUUCUUCAGGGUGUUGAAGCAUUUCACAUGCUCUAAGUAUGUGUUGUUUUAUUCAUCAUUGUGUUGCAAGAACUUUUGCAGAUCAGAGCCAGAAUCUUCAUUUGAUCAUUCAGAAAAUGAGAAAUGCAUAGGGAGGGACAAAGUGGACAAAUUUUGAGUUAAAAGAUUGUUUAGUAUCAACUGGAAACUCAGUGGCAGAGCCUGGAGUAGAAUCUGUUUCUGUAGAGUGUUGUUCAAUUUUGUUUCCCUUUUUUUUCCUUUUAACCUUGUCAUAAAGUGCAUAGAUCUUUAAUCACCAUGUAUCCUUAGUUCCUCGAGUGCACUCCAUCUGGUAUGCUGAAUGAAGCAGGGUCCUUUGGGAAAAAUACAUUCUGAUUAUGUAAUUAAGGACUGUAUUGCAGUGUAUAUGCACAAGGGGGCAACUUUCUUUUGGUAUGGUUAAAGAAAAGUUAUUUAUCUUUGGAGAACUCAGCUAGUAAUCAGGAGAAAAAAAGGAGGAUGAACUUGGGAACUGUUAAAUUUGUGAUUGUUUUGGAAGGGAAUAUUUUAUUGAAGAUUCUUCUGAAGGAAGAGGGAUUUCUUUGAGGGUAAGGGAUAUGAUAUGGUGUGAAGAGAAGAAAGACCAGUCUUUGGAGUAUGCUUUCUGCAGGUUUCAGCUUCAUUCUCUAAGAGAAACUGAAUUGAUUUGCUUUCAAUAAGCUGUUACAAAGCUGGAUCUGUGAACUGCAUGAAUUAUCUAGAAUUCAAUAGUUAUUGCUCAAGGAUGACUGGGUAGAAAUUUAGUGCUUGGCAGGCUGAAAUGUUGAAGGAACCAUUUAUCUGGCAGGAGUAAAUUUUAUAUUCUGUCUGAGGAUAUGCUUUACUCCAGUUUGUAAUAGAUGCUUGUCAGCAGUCUGGCUUGCUGCGGUACAGCUAUGUGCUCUGUUUUGUAGACACCUGGUUUGUUUUAUUCCCAGCCACUUGUAUUUGGUUUUAUUCUUUACCUACAAAAUGUUUCUAAUAAGAAGGAUAAAGGUGCCUCAGGUAGAAUCAACGAUUUGCUGUGUAUGGUUCAACAUAAAUGGUUCAACAUAGAUAUAAUAACAGACCAAGAGCUUGGAAACUAAGCAGGCUAAGCAGACAAGGGAUAAUAGACAAGAAGCAGCAGUGUCUUCAUUUUACAGCUACAAGAUGUACUGUCCACUACCAACUGCCACAAACUGCAUCUGGUAGGGCAAAUCAUAAACUCUGCUAGUCUAACCACUUCUGAUCUUUCACUAAAGAAAAGUGAGAGCAGAAGCUUUCCUUUUAUUUUUCUUAUGAAAAGAUGUUACAUCCCCUUUAUUUAGAGAUGUGACAACUUUAUUUUUAAAAGGAUGUAACAACUUUAAGUUGUUAAGUUUUUAAGUAAGGUGUCUUUUCUGAACUAGGGAAAGAUACAUCCUGUCUUACUGUGUAACACAAAUUAGAUGGUUGGACUUGGUCUUCCUGUACUAAAGUAGAUUCUAUUGGAUGGCUAAUGAGUGUAGUUCUAUGUAAAUAAAUAAUGAAAUAUGAGAAUAAGAAGGGUCAUUUUUAUUCUGAAUGAGGAAUUACCUUACCAGUAAUGCCUGAACACCUAACUAACAGGAACUCUGGGGAUGAUGGAUUCCAGAGGACACUGCAGAGUUUACCCACAAUCUGUGCAAUCCCUGGGCUGGACUAAAAGAUGAGUUAGGGGACCUGCUGCUGGCCAGGGAGUGAUUGCUCCAGCAUGUCAGUCCUAAACAUAAUUAUGGAUGUUUAGGGCAAAGAGGAGGAGAAAUUAACGCACCAGAUUCCCAUUUGCAUGUCCAAGAGUAAUACUGGUUGGUCAUACUGCGUUGAAUGUGGACAGACAGGACAUUUUAGGGAGGCUGAGUCAGAGCAGCUGCAAGUGAAAAGUGCUUGCAGCAAACGGAGAGGCAGCAUUUGACUUCCCACAGUCAGAGGUCUUGAAAAGAAUUUGGAUCCCUCAGCCACACAAGGGACAAACACACUUAAUGAAUUUCAGUGCUGCUGCUUGGCUCUUCUAGGCCACAGCAGCAGCAGGAAGUAGUGGAUAGCCAGGAAUUAAUGUUACUGGUGACUUAAUCCUUCUGAAAGGAAGUUGAAUCCCUAAAAACAGAUGUGUAUAUAGAGCUCCACUUUGCAGAUCAACCUAAGUAUGUGGGAAAAUUAGAAUGCAUAUUUGCUAAUACUUAGUUGGAGUCGCUUCAAUGUUAAGCAGUUUAUGUUUGUUGUUUGGUAUCCAAGGUUUCCAUGCCUGAUUCAUUUCCUUCCUUUCCUUUGGUUUCAUUCUCUAUGGGAAUAAACACUUUUCCAUAUUUUUUUUCUUUUUUCCUCGUUAAAGAAAAAAUCCUUGACUUCCUGAUGCGUAAUAGCUUAGAAAUUCUAGGGAUCAUCCUUAGUCAUUUUCUUGGCCACAGGGUGGCAGCACCAAGGGUCAAGCCCCGGGGUCCCUAUUUCAAGGGGAUCACCAGGACCUGGAGGGAGGAAUAAGGAGCACCAAACCCUCCGAUGAGCCCCCAUUCAACUGUAGGACUCUCAAUACCUCCUUUUACUUUUUGUUUGGAGUCUCAAUUCUUAAGCAGAGUGCAAAUUCUGAUUUCAGGUUUGUUAACAAAUGGCAUCU